UGUAAGGAGUUCCUGCUGCUUAGUUCUGGUUCCAGUCUGCAGUGAGAGACGACGCAUAACAUGAAAUUCUUCAUUUUCCUCACAUUUACAGCUCAUCUGGCUUUAGCAGCUACUCACUCUCUGGACUACUACUUUACUGGAGUCACACCAGGAAUCAAAACCCCAGAGUUCACUGCUGUUGGAUACGUGGAUGGACUUCAAGGCGGAUUUUAUGACAGCAACAUCAAGAAAGUGGUUCUAACAGCAGAUUGGCUAAAGGACGACGAUGAUGUAGAACACUGGACCUUGCAGUUACUGGAGGCACAGUCUUAUGAGGACUUAUACAGAUUUCAGUUGCCAGAUCUAAUGAAGCUCUUCAAUCAGACUGGAGGGAUUCAUACAUGGCAGAGAAAGUUUGGCUGUGAACCGCAUGAUGAUGGAACUAUUACAGGAUACAGCCAAUACGCUUAUGAUGGAGAAGACUUUAUCAGGCUGGAUCUGAACACUGUCUCUUGGAUUGCAGCUAACGAUAAAGCUGCUAUUAUAAAACAAGAGUGGGAUAAGACAGAUAAAGCUGCAGGCCAGAAGACCUUUCUGGAGACCGAUUGUAUUUUGUGGUUACAGAAGUAUGUGGAUUUUGGCAAAGCAACUCUGGAGGGGAAAGUCCGUCCUAAGGUUUUUCUGUACCAGAAGGACUCUUCUUCUCAAGUGGUGUGUCAUGCUACAGGUUUCUUCCCCAAAGCAGUGGUGAUCUCCUGGCAGAAGAAUGGAGAGGAUCUGCAUGAGGACGUGGAUCUCAGAGAGACGCUACCCAACCUGGAUGACACCUUCCAGAAAAAGAGCAUUUUGACUGUCUCACCUGAGGAGCUGGACAAACACAACUACACCUGCAUCGUUCAGCACAUCAGCCUGGAGAAGGAGAUGGUGCUACAGGUGAAUAAUCACAGAGUUUCAGCUGGAGGCUUGAUUGGCAUCGUCAUCGCAGCAGCAGUAACCGUUCUUCUUGUUGUCAUCGUAAUUUUUGUGUGGAAGAAGAAGCAGCCUGUUUUGUCCACAUCACCAGUUUAUGAGCCUGCCCGCAGGUGUAUGGAGAUGUCCUGUUUGUGACAGAGUUGGCGAAGCAUGUCAUACAUGAUUGGGUGAAGAGAUCAGUCAAACACUGCUUACAUCUUUCUUCUUCCGCCCGAAGACUGCUGGGAUAGGCUCCAGCACCCCCCGUGACCCUGACGGAGAAGUGGCUUAGAAAAUGGAUGGACAUCUUUCUUCUUUAACUUUUAAUUUGGAAACUUUCUCUUUUUGGCUUUAUUUAUUUUUCUGCUUUACUGCUUUUGUUUUAUCCUGAUUUCUGGAUAAAAAAAGCUUUAUGAUACCCCCUGGGGAAGUGUCACGUGGCCCAUUUGGGGGAAAAAGACAGUAUGUACAGUUACUGAUCGUAGCCUGAUUGUAGCAAUGUUUAAUAAAAUUUUAUAAAUUUAAUAAAUAAAACACUAAUUCAUGCUACUUAUAGUAGCAAACCAAUGUUAUUGUAUAUUGACAUUAAUGUCAAUUCUAGCCUAAAUAUAAUGAACAUAUUUUUAUUUUAUAUGCUUUGCUCUAAAUUUGAAGCCUGCUUCUGUAUCUGCUGACCUUCUAUUGUGAAAAAAAUUAUACUUAAAUGCUCAUUUUGGCAGCACUAAUAUGUACUCAGGGGUGCUGGUAGCAAUGUUGGGCCCCCUGAAAAUUUCAUGCAUUGUCCUCUUGACUUAGCUCAUGUGCGAAAGAAGAUCCUGUUACAAUUUUAAAAUCUGGCAAUUUUUCACUACAACUCUAUUCUGAUAAUAGUUCCAGUUUUAGUUUAGCUCAUACCUUCACCAAGCUGUCAUCUCUAGUGUGCCGCAAACAGUGUAUCUGAAUAUAAACAACAUGAGUGCAUAUCAAUAUCCUGAAUUCAACUCACCAAAAUCAUCGUGCUUCUUCUCAAACACUGUAUUUUCUGUUGAAACAAAACUCUAUAAUGAGCUAUUUUUGCCUUGUGUAGGACAGAAACGAUAUUCACACCCACUGAUUUCCCCACAAACAUACUUGUUAAUCUUCAACUGUGUCCUAAUGAAGACAUGCUGAUUUUAAUCUCUACUUUAGCAGUGUAUAAAAACAGAGGGGAAGGCUAGAGUAUCCUUUGCAUACACAGUGGACACUGGACAAGUUUCUACUUCACUUUCAGAUUAAACCUUUACAUUUUGGUGCUUGAGAGAGCAUCUUAACACACAAACAGAGGGUAUGCUGCAUGACUGAUUUACAACAGAAAAACCCCAAAACACUGUUCAUUUGGAAAUACAUGCUUGUGCCCAGACAGACAUCUGAACUACUACAUCAUUUAAGGUGGAAUGUACCACUUGAGGAGGGCUCAGCACUAAAGUUGCUGCUGAUGCACACCUAAAAGUGACAUUUACACAGUGACUGGCCCAAAACACUGUUGGCCCAAGAGGAAUUUUCCCAAAUCUCUGACUACAGCAUUGCUUAUUAUUACACUGCCCAGUCGUACUGUACAAAAUACUAGUUUUAUUUUUUUACUUUUUAAAGAGAAAAUAUUUAAAUGUUAAUAUUAAU